AUGCCUCCAGCAUCAGUGACCGAUGUCCAGGCCAGUGUCGAGCUACAAGCCACACGAGAGGGCGUGCGUGACCACAGCAUUCGAGCCAACUGGCGUAUCAUGGCCGUGACAUUGUACAUGGGCAUCUCACUCUUUGAGUAUGGCUUUGACAAAGGCGCUAUUGCAGGCUUUCAGGCAAUGCCGGGAUUCCUCCAGGUCUUUGGUUACCAGACACCAGCAGGACAAUGGGCGAUUCAUACCGGCCCUCAACAAAUCAUCUCCUCAUUCAUGAUCCUGGGCGCAUUUGUCGGGUCCCUCAUUACUGGUCCCAUCGGUGCUCAUCUCUGCCGCCGCUACUCGCUGAUGAUGGGUUGUCUGCUCAUGAUCGUGUGUGUUGUCAUCAUGAUUGUCACCACCUCGCUCGGUGCAUUAUACUUCUCUCGCUUUUUGAUUGGUGUCGCCAAUGGCUUCUUGCUCAAUUUUUCCAUGGUCUAUCUUCAAGAAUGCGCCCCCGCGCACCUCCGCGGCGUCUGUUUCGGUGUUGUGACGAGCUGGAUCGCCAUCGGAACUACCAUCGGAAUGGUCAUUAACAACUCUACCGCCGAGAUGCUGAGCCGAGGGGCUUAUCAAAUCCCCCUCUAUGCGUGCUUUGCACCUCCCGUGAUCCUCCUCUUCACCCUACCUUUUCUCCCCGAGUCACCACGUUGGCUGCUUCACCAUCACCGACCAGACGAGGCGCUGCGCAGCCUACGCUUUUUCCGCGCAGGAGCUUACGAUGAGUUGGCCUUGAACCAGGAGUUCGAGGCGAUGAAGGAGAUUGCGGAGCGAGAGGCUGAAACCCAGAAAGACUGGCGCCUCAUUUUCGAGCUCUUCCGUCAUCAUAACCUCCGAAGGACGGUUAUCUGCGUCGGCGUUGGAACGGCCAAUGCUGGUGUUGGAGCCAUGUUUAUUCUGGCUUUCGGCACUUACUUCUUUCAGAUUGCGGAAGUGGGUGAUCCCUUCAAAUGGAUCAUUACCACAAAUUGCGUGGGUCUUGCUGGACUCUUUCUCACCUGGUUCGUCGUCACCAGGAUCGGACGACGUGCCAUCGUCCUCACAGGCUGCAUUAUUUGUACACUGUGCAUGCUCAUUAUGGCGGCCGUAUACUCUGUCCCGGGAGUCUCUCAGACAGGUUCAGGCAUUGCCCUCGUGAUCCUCGUCAGCAUCUACGUUUUCGGCUUCAACUUCGGUCUAGAGCCGUACGUCUACCUGAUCGCAGGGGAGCUCCCUGCGCAGAACUUGCGCGCGUACACUAUGGGUCUUUCCUCCGCAAUUAGCUUUGCCUUUGCCUGGCUGUGUGCUUUCACGACGCCUUAUUACAUCAACCCAACCGCCUUGAACUGGGGUCCCAAAUAUGGAUACAUCUGGUUUGGGAGCGGCGUCGUUGUGUGUAUAUUUAUCUAUUUCAUGCUGCCAGAGAUCCGAGGCAGGACGCUGGAAGAGAUUGAUGAAAUGUUUAGGAAUAAGGUCCCUACCAAGGAUUUCCCAAACUAUGUCUGCGUGGAAACCGAAGAGGCCAAGAGAAGAGGCUUGAGGAAUGUUAUGGGGGCAGAGAAGCCAGACGUGGCCCAGGUUGAAGUGGUGGCGGUGGAAUCACACUAUUGA